AUGCUGCCGGCAUCGAAAACACGAAUCAUAUCUGCCUCAACAUCAGAUGAGGCUCCUGCACCUAAUGGGACACGCCGCUUUUCGCUCACGCCUGCCUUCCAGAAAGACAACGAGCGAAAGGUGGAACAUACACAAACUGACCAUGCACUUGAUACCACUCACACUGGACGAAGAUCCUUCAGUUGGACGUUGACACCACUCUUUGAAUCAGGUAUAUCGAGAAUUUUUUCCUGGAGUGCGGGCUCUCGCCCACGUUCCUUCGCCCUAGCUCACUCUUUUCAAUCCGACUUGAUUGAAUCAAACUCGAAAGAUCAGAGUUGUUUGCACUCCCAUGAACCCCCAAAUAAAGAAGCGCUUGGAUUGGCCAGCGAUACAGACUUGUCGCGCACGCCGAGCUCUGAAAUAGUGUGGCAUGAUGUGCCCACAUGUUCGGAGACUCAUGAGCUUGAUCCGUUUAGCAUGAUGUCUGCAUUAGACACACAUCCCCAUGUGCCUGUUGUAACGCGUAUACCUAGUUUGGCUGGCAUUUACCAAGCCACGACACCCGCUGUGGAGCGAGAACCGCCAGAGCAUGACCCGAAUUUAUGGAAAUACAGUAAGAUUCCGCUGGUGAAUCAGCAGAUUCCAGCUGAAAAACAAGAUCGACUCGUCCAUUCAUGCAUUACAGACAGCUCGUGUUGGACCAACCACCAAGCAGCACAGGCAGCAGAUUAUUGUUGGACUGCUGACAGCUCAUGGAUGCCGUUGGAAGAAAUGGCAAGCUGGCUCUCUGGCUCAGGGCUCGUACAAACGCAAGCCAGGGAAUAUUUUUUCGAGAAAUUUGACUGGACUGGAUCGACUGUGCUUGAAGCUCUGCGAGAAUUAUGCUUGCGUCUGUAUUUACUUGCCGAAACCAACAAAAUGGACGAGAUCCUCAAAACACUUAGCAUGCGAUACAUCAAGUGUAAUCCAGCAACACCAUUCCGUAACGCAGUAGCUGUGCACAGUGUCACCUACUCCUUGCUCCUUCUAAACACAGACUGGCAUCUCGCCGAUCUGGAGCGCCACAUGAACAUGCAGGACUUUGUUCAAAAUACCAAAUGGGCAUUGGAAGAAACAUGUGCGUUCGAAGAUGUGCCAGAAACCAUCCUAGAAGCUUUGACAUAUAUGUACACAUCUAUCCGUACCAGCCCUUUAGAGCUCCCUGAAGCCCUCAAAGAAAAUUUCCCUGUCUCAAAAUCAGAAGGCGGCGCUAUGAAGCGUGCGCUCUCACGGGGCCGUGGCUCUCUCAUCAAACUGAACCGAGUCCGAAGCAAUGGGCAUCAGAUGCGCGGCAAUUUACAAGCCCUGAGCAAGCCUGAAGAAAUGUCAGAAGUGAAACUGCCCGAUUCAAAUUGUGGAAAAUUUACGGACACUGAGUGUUUCUUGACAAGCGACAUGGAUUGUGCCAUCGUGCAUGAUCCAAAACAACAAUGGCAUGGACGGAAAUCGCGCACACUAUUUCAUGUUGAGCUUUGUUGUGACUCUCUGAGACUGUUUAGCACGCCGCAGGGUAUAGCCAAGAAACUAGAGCGCGUUUUGCCCCUUGCCCAGUCGGUCGCGAAACUGGAGCCAGGUGCACGAGCAGAUAUGCCUUACAUGUCUAUCGCUCUUCAAGAUGGUAGUAUUCACCACUUUUUUGCCUCACUUACGGUUAUGGAAAAGUGGGCUAGAAUGUGCCAAUAUAUCGGCGGGCGAAUCAGCCAUGUCCCAUUCCACGGCGGGUGCUCGAACAUUGAUUACGGAUGGCUUCAUAUCACAUCUGGCAUGGAGGCACUAUGCAACACUGUGAGCCCGGCUCCGAAGACAACCGCGAAUGCUGCGGUAAACUUUUGGACCAAACUUUUUCGUGGAAAGACGAAGCUCAGUUCGUCAGUGCACACGUUGCAAACUUGGUUGCCGCCCGACUCGACUGUGAGCCGCACCAUGCUUCCCCUCCCCGAGCAGACAGAAAAUCUACAUCAAUACAUCGCCUAUGUGAAAAGCGAACUUUACGAACACGAGCGUAUCAAAGAAUCCAUGCUCAUUCUGUGGCGCAGCGAUAGACGAGCCAGACACAAGGCGCUGGACAAUUGGCGCAGAAGACAUGAUUUUUUGUGCGCCGAAUUGGCGCAAUAUCGAACCUAUGUCGAAGCGCUGAAGGACCCACCUCCAUUUCCCUUCCGUUCCUCUGAUGUGCAAGGAGAAAUUCCACGACGCACAGACCUCGUCGUCAGGGGAUGA